AUGUUAUUAAUGUAAAUAUUCUUGUCCUUUGAAUUGUAGUAAAUGUUAAUUUGGUAAAUGCAUAUAAUGUUCAUUUAAAUACGAAUUGAUAAAUGAUAAAUGUUACUAUAUUUGUGAUGGUUAUGAGAAUUAGGAAGAUUAAGAAAAUAGAAAUUGUUAGAAUAGAAUUAAUAAUUUGAUUGAGAAUGGUUAUUACUAGCAUAAUCUAUUUAAUAAUGAAAAUUCUAAAUAUACUUUAGCCAGUAGUUUAACAUGUAAUCUAAAAGAUUUUGGAAUUUUUGGAUAUUUUUAUAAUUAAUGCAGAAUACCAGAAAUACAACAUUGUAAAAUAAGUUUUAUUAAUAUAUGUCUAUAAUGUGAAGAAAAUUAUUAAUUAGAAAAAAAUAGAUUGAGAUGUACUUCUAUUUGUAAUGAUGGAAUCGUAAUAGAAUAAUAAUAAGAAUAGUGUGAUGAUUAAAACAAUAUAUAGUUUGAUGGAUGUUAUAAAUGCUAAUAUAGUUGCUAAUUGGAAUGUAUAAAUUGUGUUGAAAAUAAAUGUUAUUAGUGUUUUGAUGGAUGGAAGCUUAUUGAUUAUGGUUGUUAUCAAUAUUGUGGAGAUGGUUAAAUAGCUGUAACUUCAAUGGAACAAUGUGAUGAUGGAAAUUAUGAUAAUGGAGAUGGAUGUUUCGAAUGCAAAUAUCAAUGUAUUCCAUAUUGCAACGCUUGUAUAGAUAAAAAUACAUGUUAUAUUUGUGAAUAGUACUAAGAAUUAUAUAAUAAUUAAUGUAGACCAAUAUGUGGAGAUGAACAUAUUGUUAUUGGAUUAGAAGAAUGUGAAGAUGGAAAUGAUAUUCCUUAUGAUGGUUGUUUUAAUUGUUAAUUUUAGUGUGAAGAAGGAUGUUAAACUUGUACUUUUGGAAUAUGUUUAGAGUGCAUUAAAGGAUAUACAAUUAUAAAGGAUAUAUGUGAAGUUGAAAAUUACACUCAUAAUUUUGAUGAAGAGGAAUAAGAAGUGUCAAAUAAAUGUGGAGAUGCUAUUUAUACUGAUAAUGAAAAAUGUGAUGAUGGUAAUGAAUUUGAUGGAGAUGGUUGUUCUAGUUUAUGUCUAAUUGAACCAAACUGGUUUUGUAAUAAUUAACCUAGAUAAUCAAGUUUUUGUUCAUAUAAUACUGUUUUUAAAUUGUAAUAUCUUAAUUAUACUUAAUAAAUUUAAUACGUUUAAUUAUCAUUUCUAAUAAAGUUAAAUUAAAUGAAACUAUUUUGA